AUCAGCGACGCAGCUCAUUUCUUCCCAGAAGCCUUUGUAGCAGCUCAGCGGUGCUAACUGCUAAGCUCAAAAUGCUACUUCAUUAAUCCGUCUGCCUGCAGCGGAAAGCAGAAAUCCCGUCGCUGCUGGGCUUCUUCACUCUGCUGGAGUACCGCUGUGUAUCGUUAACGGCUGAAGAGGACCUUCAAAUGUGACGUUGCCUCUGCACAGUGUCUAUCCAAGGACAGACACUGAUCGUGCUGCCAGAGUCAACAUUAAUCCACAAUGCCACAGAGAGAAGGAUAGCGGUUGUAUCAUUUCAAUUCCUGGAGCUGCUUUGGAGUGAAGCUUGAGUUUAAAAAAGGGGAAAAAAGCUGCUGUGACUUUUAGCCAAGUUUUUUUUUUUUUUUUUUUCUUUUCCAUUUGCACUAUUGCUCUGUGUGCAAACUGUAGUGGCAGACGAAGCAAAAGGGCGUUGACUCUGGCUGUGCAGGAGGAUUGAAGUUUUCGGUGGGAGUGGGGACUGGACCAAGAGAGCAGGUGUACAGCAACAACAGUCAUGCUACAGGGACACUAGUCUCACUAUUUGUGCCUCUACUGUGUCGUGUUUUUUCUUUUCCUGCAAUCUCAUCGGUUUGGAUGGUUGAGCACAAGGGCCACUUUGAAGGAGACCACCAGUGACUGUGGUUCUGGCCAGAGCUGACAGACCUAUUGCCAACAAUUACUGCUUCAGAAGCUUCUCCACAGCCUCUACUGCAGUAGCCUCCUGUCACUGUGAUAUUCGGUGUGGUGAGUGGAGGUUGCAGGCAUCACAGCUUCUACGCUGGCGUAGAUGCUUAGUUUCCAUCAUUACUUUUUGCACUGAAAUCCAGUUCUCUUGGACCCUUUUUGCUGUUGAAAACACUAGAUCUAGUCAAGGUCAUUUUUUAAAUAUAUCUGAGUCUUGAGGAAACAAAGGACUGCUCCAGAGGAGGAUGAAGCUGAGGAAACAGGUGACGGUGUGCGGAGGGGCCAUAUUCUGUGUGGCUGUGUUCUCUCUUUAUUUGAUGUUGGACCGAGUCCAGCAUGACCCUGCAAGGCGACAGAAUGGAGGAAACUUUCCACGGAGCCAAAUCUCAGUCCUCCAGAAUCGGAUAGAGCAGCUGGAGCAGCUCCUGGAGGAAAACCACCAAAUAAUCAGCCACAUAAAGGACUCUGUGAUGGAGCUCACAGACACAGGAGCUGUGUCUCCCAGCGGCCACCUGCCGUUCAGAAGUGCCAAUGGGUCCUGGGUGCUACCGUUUGAUGGUCGCCCAGCUUUCCUUGCUGUAAAGCCUCAGGAUUGCCAGUUUGCUGUUAGCACCCAUGCUCAAACAGAUGUACAGAUGCUGGAUGUGUACUCCCUUCUCAAGUUUGACAACCUUGACGGAGGUGUGUGGAAGCAGGGCUUUGACAUCACUUAUGAACCUGAUGAGUGGGACAAUGAACCUCUGCAAGUAUUUGUGAUUCCUCAUUCUCACAAUGAUCCAGGUUGGGUCAAGACUUUUGACAAGUACUUCACAGACCAGACGCAGCAUAUUUUAAACAACAUGGUCGUGAAGCUGGCCGAGGAUUCUCGGAGGAAGUUCAUCUGGUCAGAGAUUUCAUUCUUUGCCAAGUGGUGGGAGACUGCAGACGUCUACAAACAGGAGGCCAUGCGCAAACUGAUCCUUGGAGGGCAGCUAGAGAUUGUGACAGGAGGCUGGGUGAUGACAGAUGAAGCCAACGCUCACUACUUUGCUAUGAUAGAUCAGCUCAUUGAAGGGCAUCAGUGGUUGGAGAGAAAUCUGGGUAUUACUCCUCAAAGCGGGUGGGCUGUGGACCCCUUCGGUCACAGUGCCACCAUGCCCUAUCUGCUGAAGAAGGCCAACGUGACCAGCAUGCUGAUCCAAAGGAUCCACUACUCCAUUAAAAAACACUUUUCUUCAACCAGAAGUCUGGAGUUUAUGUGGCGACAGGCCUGGGACACUGGCUCCAGCACAGACAUCUUUUGCCACAUGAUGCCCUUCUACAGCUAUGAUGUGCCUCACACCUGCGGUCCUGAUCCAAAGAUCUGCUGCCAGUUUGACUUCAAGAGAUUACCGGGAGGUCGGAUCAACUGUCCUUGGAAAGUGCCGCCCAAAUCCGUGGUGGAGGCCAAUGUUGCAGAAAGAGCAGAGUUGCUUCUGGAUCAGUACCGUAAAAAGUCUAAACUCUACCGCAGCAAGGUGCUUCUGGUUCCAUUAGGAGAUGACUUUCGCUACGAUAAGGCUCUGGAGUGGGAUCAGCAGUACAUCAAUUACCAGAAGCUGUUUGAUUACAUGAACUCGCACCCUGAGCUGCACGUUCAGGCUCAGUUUGGGACCCUCACAGACUACUUCAAUGCUGUGUACAAAGCCUACGGAGUGCCUCAGGGAUCCAGACCUGGUGACUUUCCUGUCCUCAGUGGGGAUUUCUUUGCCUACGCAGACCGUGAGGACCACUACUGGACAGGCUAUUACACCUCCAGACCCUUUUACAAAAGCUUGGACCGUGUGAUUGAGUCACAUCUGAGAGGGGCAGAGAUUCUCUACAGCCUGGCAGUAGCAAACGCUCGGCAUGCUGGGAUGGAGGGUCGCUAUCCAGUGACUGACUACGCCCUGCUGGUAGAUGCAAGGCGGUCAGUCGGCCUCUUCCAGCAUCACGAUGCGAUCACUGGCACCGCUAAGGAGAAUGUUGUCAUUGACUACGGUACCAAAUUACUACGUGCACUCAUCGGCCUGAAGAGAGUUAUUAUCAAUGCUGCUCAUUUCUUGGUGAUGAAGAACAAAGAGUUUUAUCGUUUUUACCAGACCGAGCCCUUCCUGGAGACAGAUGACAGACGUGCGACUCAGGACUCUCUGCCUCAGCGCACUUUAAUUGAGCUGGACCCAGCUGGACCAAGAUACCUGGUUCUGUUCAACCCCAUUGAACAGGAGCGUCUCUGCGCUGUCACCGUGUUGGUGAACACGGUCAGGGUGCGGGUGCUUACUGAAGACGGACAGACUCUCCCUGUACAGCUGAGCGCUCAGUGGAGCUCUGCUACUCAAAUGAGUGCCGAGGUAUUUGAGGCAACAUUCAUGGUCCGCCUACCUCCCCUCGGUCUGGCUGUUUUUCAUCUUUAUGACUCGGCCGAUUCACCCAUGACGAUUCGCUCAGACACUCUGCUCAGGCUGUCAGGGCGCAGCGUCUCUGCUCGGGCUCUGGACCCUCUUCCUGUCCGCUCUCAGCCGGCUGACGCUCAGACCUUUCACAUCAGCACGCAGACUCUGACUCUUGGUUUCUCUGGAACCACCGGCCUGCUGGAGAGUAUCAAGCGUAAGGAUGAUCCACAAGAAGUUAAGAUUCAAAUGCAGUUCAUGAUCUACGGCACUCGUCCUUCGAAAGACAAAAGUGGCGCUUACCUCUUCCUGCCGGAUGGAAAACCAAAGCCCUACAACCAGAAAGAACCUCCUGCGGUGCGUGUUGUCGAAGGGCCUCUUUUCUCUGAAGUGGUGACACAAUACCAGCACUUUCAGCAGACUGUUCGCAUACACAACGUGCCAGGGGUGGAUGGUUUAUCUGUAGACAUCACUAUAUUAGUGGACAUCCGGGAUCAGACCAAUAAGGAGCUGUCGAUGCGGCUGGUCACCAACAUCCAAAAUGGAGACGUCUUCUACACAGACCUCAACGGUUACCAGAUCCAGCCCCGUCGAUUCUACCAAAAGCUUCCUUUGCAAGGCAACUUUUACCCAAUGUCAAGCCAGGCGUACAUCCAGGACAGUCAUCACCGCCUCACGCUGCACACGGCUCAGGCUUUGGGCAUCUCCAGUCUGGACAGCGGUCAGCUGGAAGUGAUUAUGGACCGGCGGCUGAUGCAGGAUGAUAAUCGAGGGCUGGGUCAGGGUCUCAAAGACAACAAGAAGACAGCGAAUCGUUUCCGCUUGCUACUGGAGAGAAGAUCAAUUGAUAACAAGAUGAUGGACAGCGCGACAACGAGCUUCCCGUCUAUGGUCAGCCACGCCACCAGCUCCCUGCUCAACCACGAGGUCCUGGCGUUGCCUGUUCUACCGAAAAGACGCGGCAUCCCUCCUCUUCAGACGUUCGCCCCGCUCAAGUCUGUCAUUCCCUGCGAUGUCCACCUGCUCAACCUGCGCAGCAUCCAGACACAGAAGGAUCCCGAGUCUCCAUCUCCCUACACCGCCUUGCUCUUACACCGCCUGGCUACUGACUGUGGAUUUGAGGGUCAAAACCUCGGCUACAACUGCAGCACGACGCAGGGACGGCUUAGUGUGUCAAAUCUUUUCAAGAAUGUGGACCUGCAGCUGCUGCAGCCCAUGUCCCUGACUCUGAUGCAUUCCAGCAUGCCUUUGGCCAACGACUCCAUCAUCACUCUGGAGCCCAUGGAGAUCUCUGCCUUCAAGCUCAAGCUGCGCUAAGAGCCGUAAACGCACAUCGGACUAGCGACAUCAAGAACCAGGGUCUGGGUUUCCCUGCAUUGUUGAGCUGAACUCGGAGAAACAGGGUCCGCUGCAGUGGGGCUGACUGAACUGCAGGGGGCAGGCAUCAGCAGCUGCUGCUGUAGCUCUGAGGAGACGCAGCAGAACUUGAGGUGAAUUUGAAGUCGCUCCAUAUCUGGGAAAGACUGCUAGUAUUUCUCAUCAGUCAAAGCUGAGUCUGCAAUCAGAUAUGAAAACACUUUCUUUUCUGCUUUGUAAGUUUUGUUUUUUUUUUUUUUUUGUGUUUUUUUUCUAUCUUCUCGUGGACUCAACUACUGAAUGUAAAUAUCCCAAAUGACUGGAGGGGGCCGGGAAUGGUGACGCAUCUGAGUGCAAUUUUCAGAGCUUUAUUUCGUGUCUGGGUUAUGAUUUCUUUUCCUUUUUUUUUUUUUUUUUCAGAUCUGGGAGAAAAUCGAUCACCAACAUAUCAUUUUGUACCAAUCAGUCUAAUGUAGUCCUUUUUUUUUGCAGGAAACAGAAUGUGUGGUCCUUGUUGUAAGGCCUGAGCUGCGAAUCCUAAGCUGUGUUUCCACGAGUGCCCACUGUUCUCAUCAUUCGCAGAGAAUGACUCCUCUGCUCCGCUCCUCACAUUGUGCUUGUAGAUAGUCCACAGAUUCCCUCUCCCUCUUCGCAGAUGAGAAAAGUGUGCAGGGUUCCUGCUUGUGUCCAUCAUUCUCCCGCUUGUAGCAAACCAUAUGCAGUAGAUUAGGCGAAAGACUAUACCUCAUGUAUACCAAACAGCAGAUAUAUUGGUAUUUAUGUCUGAGCAUAUUAAUGUGAAUACUUGAGGUUGAUUGUUUUUGGGGUGGGGGCAUACUCUAUCAGGGACCAGUCAAUACUUUGGGUGUCAUUUAUUAAUAUCAAUUUGCAUCAGAGGGCCAUAUUGCAAAAAUGAAGGAUGCAUCCCUUCAUUCCAGAAAUGAAGAAUCUAGCUUUUGAAAAUGACACACACAAAAAAAACUCCUGCUUCUUGUGGUACAGGGAGCUUCUUUGUCCUCCUUUUGGGUCAUAUAGUAAGAAAAAAGGAACAACCCUUCAGACCGUUGGGGCUUUGACUGUGACUGCGAUCAGAUACCGUUUUUUUUUUGUUGGGACAAAUAUCAUUAGUUUAUACGGGAAAUCAUUCUUUCCAAAAAUCUCUAUAUCUGAGCUGGGUGCUUUUUAUUUUUGAUGCUUAAUUCAUUAAAAUAAAUGAAAUUCCAAUCUUACCACAAAUGUGUAAUUUUCUUCCUGAUGAGUCGCAGCUCAUAUGCCCCAAUGUGACCAUAAAACCGUGUCUACACUUCUUUAUGUAACGUGCAUACUUCAUCGUUUCGUUCUUUUUUUUUCUUUUUUUUUUUUUAUAAACAAAUCGGAUUUCUUGACUAAGAUCACAAUGUGUCAGAAUGUCAUAAGGAUAUUGAACACAGUAAAAGUCUGUAUGAAAACAUUGUUUUUCCUUAUGUUAUAAACCACAGUUCUUCAUCUGCUCCAUAA